UACAGCUUUCAGAUAAAAUUUUGUUGUUGUGUUUUUUAAUAAAAAAAAUUCAAGGAAAUCAAAAUUAGGGUUUGGAUUUCCCCAAUUAAGUUCCAUUGCUUUCAAUCAACUCAUAAUUUGCGCGUGAUACGACUCGUUUUGAAUUUUGGGUUCUGGGUUAAAUAUUUUUCGUAUCAGAAAUGGCAGAAUCUGAUCACCAGGAUUCAAUGUACAGCACCGGAGGAGGAGUGACACAGAGUAACCAAGUUGACGACCAAGACGACGACGUUGAAGAGCCCAUUGACAACCCUAACAUACGCUUCGAAGAUAGCACCGCCAUUCCUCCAAAUCAACUCUACCUUCCCAGCUCCGAAUACCCUCCGCCGCCCGCCGCAAACGGUGCCUCUGAUCAGCUUACUCUGUCCUUCCAGGGCGAAGUUUAUGUCUUCGACGCUGUUUCGCCCGAUAAGGUGCAGGCGGUGCUGCUACUUUUGGGUGGAUAUGAAAUCCCUUCUGGCAUUCCUUCCAUGGGGCCGGUUCCUCUUAACCAGCAAGGUAUGAAUGACUUACCUGCAAAGCCAAUUCAACCGCAGAGAGCUGCAUCUUUAAGUCGGUUUCGCGAGAAGAGAAAAGAACGUUGUUUUGAUAAGAAAAUCCGUUACACCGUCCGGAAAGAAGUUGCACUGAGAAUGCAGCGUAAAAAGGGUCAAUUUACAUCGUCCAAGGCUAGUUCUGAUGAUGGAGGCCCUGCUUCAUCAACACAGGCCUCUGGUCAAGAUGAAAGCAUGCGGGAAACUUCGUGCACACACUGUGGGAUAAGCUCAAAGUCAACUCCAAUGAUGCGUCGUGGCCCAGCAGGUCCAAGGACUCUAUGUAAUGCAUGUGGGCUGAAAUGGGCCAACAAGGGAUCUCUAACAGGUGUUCCUAAGGUUUUAAAUGUAGGUAUCCACGAUCCUUCUUUAAAAGGAAUUGAACAGAGUAACGGCGAAGUUCAAGACUCUGAUGUUGUAGCCAUGGGUGCCAACGUUGACCCUUCCUCAGCUAAUGGCGAUAAUCCAGCCAUGACCGUAGACAGGAAAUUGUGAAGUCCCUUGCAGCCUGGUUGUUUUCUGUUUGCUGUAUUAUUACAGAGGAUGUAGAUGGAAGAAGUAUGUCAUCGAGAGUACAUACAGAUUAGGGACUUAGAGCUAUGAAUAAGUUGGUUUGAAAACUCUUUAUUUUGUGUAAUCUUAAGUAUUGGGACCAUUUAGAAGCUAGCAUUUGCAGUAGCAGCGGUAAUACCCUUGCCGGUUCUUCCUUGUCUACAAUAUAAUCCAUAAAGUUAACUACUAGUGAUCAAUGCAAUCUUUUCCUUUGGUUCGUCAAA